AUGGAAACCAAAGAAGCCUCUGGAAAAGAGAACAUGGGGACCAAGAAGAAGAAUCUGACCUUUCUGAGACAGAGACUCUACAUGUUAGAGAGAAGGAAGACCGACAGCGUCGUGGAGAGCCCUGGGGCUGUAGACCACAGUAACUCGGGACCCCUCAGAAGGAGCCAGUCCGACAGAAGCGAAUACAACCAGAAACUGCAAGAAAAGAUGACACCACAAGCUGGGGCCUCUGCACCUGGGCCCACGGCCCAGGAUGAGCAGCAACAGAUCAGAAGAAUGAUGGCAAAAAGGUCGAACAUCAUCAAGGAGCUGAUACAGACGGAAAAGGACUACCUCAAUGACCUGGAGAUGUGCAUUAGGGAGGUCGUUCAGCCCCUGAAAAACAAGCAGAUUGAUAGGUUUGAUGCAGAUGGUUUGUUCAGCAACAUCCAAUCGGUGCAUCAGAUAUCAGCCAAGCUGCUGUCAUUGCUGGAAGAAGCCACAAUGGACGUGGAACCAGCCAUGCAAGGAAUCGGUGAAGUCUUCUUGCAAAUUAAAAGCCCACUCGAAGAUAUCUACAAAAUCUACUGCUAUCAUCAUGAUGAAGCUCAUACUAUGCUUGAGUCAUAUGAAAAAGAUGAAGAACUGAAACAACACAUGAGACACUGUAUCCAGUCCUUAAAGUAA